CAAGGCCUGCCCCCCCACGCCGCCUCCCAUCUGCCCUGUGCGCCACUUAUCGGGUAACUGGAGCUGGGAGCUGUGUCCACACCUGAAACAGGAAGCCCGGGCCUGUGCGUGAGCCGCGGAGAGCUGGCAGGGUGGCCCGGGCGGGAGGAUGGAGGAGCAGCGGGCGCUUGCUGCCGCCAAGGACGGGGACCUGGCCACCCUGGAGCAGCUGCUGGAGGCGGGCGCCCUGGGCCCGGGCAUCACCGACUCCCUGGGGGCCGGCCUGGUGCACCACGCCACCCGGGCUGGCCACCUGGCCUGUGUCAAGUUCCUGGUGCAGCGGGCCAAGCUGCCCGGCAACCAGCGGGCCCACAACGGGGCCACGCCGGUGCAUGACGCCGCGGCCACGGGCAGCCUGGCUGAGCUGUGCUGGCUGGUGCGUGAUGGGGGCUGCUGUCUGCAGGACCAAGACGCCUCGGGCGUGUCCCCGCUGCACCUGGCCGCCCGCUUCGGACACCCGGUACUGGUGGAGUGGCUGCUCCGAGAGGGCCACGCAGCCACGCUGGAGACGCUGGAGGGGGCCUUGCCGCUGCACCACGCAGCUGUCAGUGGGGACCUGACCUGCCUGAAGCUCCUGGUGGCCGCCCACGGCAGCAGCGUGAACCGGCGGACGCGCAGCGGCGCCUCGCCGCUCUACCUGGCCUGCCAGGAGGGCCACCUGCACCUGGCCCAGUUCCUGGUGAAAGACUGCGGCGCCGACGUGCACCUGCGCGCCCUGGACGGCAUGAGUGCGCUGCACGCCGCCGCCGCCCGCGGCCACUACUCGCUCGUCGUCUGGCUGGUCACCUUCACAGACGUCGGCCUGACGGCGCAGGAUAAUGAGGGGGCCACCGCCCUCCACUUUGCAGCCCGAGGCGGCCACACGCCCAUCCUAGACCGGCUCCUGCUGAUGGGCGCUCCCGUUGUGAGAGACUGCUGGGGCGGGACCCCCCUCCACGAUGCAGCGGAGAACGGGCAGAUGGAGUGCUGCCAGACCCUGCUCUUCCACCGUGUGGACCCCGCCCUGCGGGAUGAGGACGGCUACGUGGCCGCAGACCUGGCGGAGUACCACGGCCACCGUGACUGCGCCCAGUACCUGCGUGACAGUGCCCUGCCGGUGCCGCUCCCGAUGACGCCCCCGCCCCCGCCAUUCCCCGCUCCUCCGCUGUCGGCUGCAAGGCACUCCCUGGAGGAUGGAAGAAGAGGGGGCCCAGGUCUCGGGAACCCCACCUCAGCGUCUCUCAGCCCCACCUGGCCCAGCCACCCUGACCAGCAUCUUCCAAGGGAGCAGACGACCUACACAGCCCCCCCGAGGGUCACCACCAGUGCCAUGGCUGUUCCCACGGGAGAGGAUACUGCGGCAGGGGACGCCCCGGACAGCCUGGUUGCGCUGCAGCUGGACGGGCUGCCCUCCAGCGACCUGGAUGGGCUGGUGCCCACGCGGGAUGAGCGCGGCCGGGCCAUCCCUGAGUGGAAGCGGCAGGUGAUGGUGCGGAAGCUGCAGGCUCGCUUGGGCAAAGUCCCAGCGCUGGAGGCCCAGGACGAUGGCGGGAGCCCCGCGGAGCAGGAAGCCUGGCGGUACUCACAGACCCACCAGGCCAUCCUGGGCCCCUUCGGGGAGCUGCUGACCGAGGACGACCUGGUGUACCUGGAGAAGCAGAUCGCCGACCGGCAGCUGUGGCGCCACUGCCAGGAGUACGAGAACGAGCUGGGCCGGCUGGCGGCGGAGCUGCAGGCCCUGCUGCCCACACCCCUGGUCAGCAUCACUGUCAACAGCCACUUCCUGCCCCGGGCGCCCAGGCUAGGGGGCGAGGAGGCCCCCAGCCCUGAGGUCGUGCCCCAGGGCUCCACAGGGGCCUUGGAGGCCGCGUCUGGCGUGCAGCACCUGCCCUUCUGGUGCAGCCACGUCGCCCGGCUGGUGCGCAGCUUGUCCCUGCUGCUGAAGGGCAUGAACGGGCUGGUGCAGGGCGAGGAGAGGCCAGCCGCUAGGUCCCUACAGGAGGCCCACAGGGAGGUCCCAGCCAGUCCCCCAAGGAGCGAGGCCCAGCGCGAGAUCCAGGAGUGCGGGGUGUCUGUGCGGACCCUUCGCGGCAACUUCGAAUCAGCCCCUGGCCGGCCCUGCACCCCAAGCCCCGGCCCCUGUGAGCUGGGGGCCCAGCCCGGGCAAUGCCUGAGAGGCUGCUGGCCUGCUCCCCUGAAGCCUCGUGGCGGCCCGACGGGCAGGGAGCCUGGAACAGGCGACACAGAGGAGGCCAGCGACUCGGGCAUCAGCUGUGAGGAGGCCCCGUCGGAGGCCGGCGCCAGGCCAGGCCCUGACCUGGCCAACCUUCGCAAGGAACGCAUCGUCAUGCUCUUCCUGAGUCACUGGAAGAAGUCAGCCUGCACGCCCACCCUCAAGACGGCCGCCUGCAGGACCCUGGAGGCCUGGCGCACUGGGCCGCGGGGGCAGGAGGCAGCCAGGGGCCCUCGGCCGCCCUCCCCGCCACCCAGCGAGAGCCCGCGGCUGGGCCACCUGUGGCAGCAGCGCAGCAUCAUCGCCCACCUGCUGGGCAACUGGAAGGCCAUCCUGGCACACGUGCCCGCCCGGCAGCUGCGGCGGCUGAGCCGGCGGCCCCGCGGGCCCCUGUCCCCCGAGCAGUUCCUGCCCCACGUGGACGGGGCGCCUGUGCCCUACAGCAGCCUCACGCUGGACCUCUUCAUGCUCGGCUACUUUCAGCUCCUGGAGUGCGACCUGCCGGCCGAGGAGCGCAAGAUGCGCCACCUGCUCUGCUUCGAGGUCUUCGAGCACCUGGGCGCCCACGGCUGGGAGGCCGCGCGCGCCUUCCACAAGGCCGUGACCGACGAGGUGGCCGCCGGCCGCCGUGCCUGGACCGACGGCUUCGAGGACAUCAAGGCCCGCUUCUUUGGCUCCAGCCGCAGCCCUGCCGGGGACCCAGAGCCCGGCCGCAAGUCGGGCCUGACCUCGCUCGGGCCCCUGCCGCCCGCCGUGGCCCCCAGCAGUGGCCCCAAGCCCGCAGCGUGGAGGCUGAGGCCCGGCUCCCAGCGGGGCACCUUCAGCAGCGAGGACAUCUGUGGCUACAUUGGCCGCAGCUUUGCCUUCUGGAAGGAGAAGGAAGCCGAGAUGUUCAGCUUCGGGGAGUGAGAUGGGCCGGGAGCCUGCCUCCCUCUGGAAGGGGUUUGGGGUGGUUUGGGUUUUCUCUUCUCUUUGCCUUUUCACCUGCUGGGUAGCAGGUGAGCCUCGCGGCCAGGCCGGCAGAUGCUCAGCGUGCUAGCGGCCACCCUCCAGUCCCAGCUGUGGGACUCACCGCUGAGCCCAGAAAGCCGUCCCAGCCCUCUCAGCUGGGGUCGCUCUGCUGGGUCUUCUCUCGGGCACCUGUGAUACCAGCCAGUGUUUCCCGUCGGCUCCCCUUCCAGUGUCCUCCCAGUUGCUUGGAUGUCCAGUUCCUCCGUUCCUCUGGUGCCGGUGGCUCUGGCCAUGUCCCGAGCCUCUGUCUGCCCUCCACUGGUCCUGCCUCAGUUCCUUGAAGUGACCUCAGGCCAUGCCCCUUCACCUCUCCAGCCGUCCUUCCCCAUCUGUGAAGUGGGCGAGAAGGUGGGGGUUGGAGAGAACAGGAUUCGAUGAGCAAGAGGCCUUCCUGGCAGACCAGACCGCCCUCCUGAAUUCCUCGGGUCGGGGAGGUGGCUCCACACUGACGUGCAUACUGGUCACAUGCAGCCACCUGCUGACAGACAUGUGUUCUGCUGCCAUGCUAUGCUAGUGCCCCACCCCCGCCCCGGGCUCCAGAGGUCCUGGUCCUCAAAAGGAAGGCCCUGUGUGGGGCUCCUGGCUUCCAGCUGACCUGCACCCUCCCCCAGGGCACAAGGCCCGAGGCAGCGGCAGGGCCCCCACCUGCAGGCUCAGGAAAGCAGGGCCAUAAGGAGCAUUUUCAAGAAAAGUAGUGGCAGAAGGGGGCUCUGAGCAGAGGGCGCCAGCACCUUGCCCUCAAAGGUGAGCUGCUGGACCCAGAGGAGAAUGCGUGGUGGGGGUAGGAGGGGUAGGAGCACACAGGAUGGAAGGCAAUGAGGUGUGGCCACUUUCUAUGGUCACUGGAUGUCACACCCCCCCUUCUCCACAAGGAACAAGGGAAGGAGAUAGCUGCUCCCCCAGAAGGCCUCCGGGUGCAGCAGAGCGUCCGUGAGCAGGGUGCUGGGGACGGACCUUGAAGGGCUGGCUGAGGGAUGGGGCUUAUGUCCAUGGCAGCCAGGAGGCUGAGCCCCCACCCAGGUUGUGGUGCCCGAAGACAGCUGGCUUGGAGCCCGGGGGGCUCUGGAAGAGAGGUGUCUUGCAGCUGUGCCAUGGCCCCAACAGGCAGUGUGUGGGGAAGAGGCUUCAGGAAUCUUCCACAAGCCGCUGCCUCCCUGCCUCCAGCCCCCUUGGGACAGGGGCCUCUUACAGUGUCCCCACCAGCGUGCAGAGCCUGGAGGGUGACAGGCAAGUUGUGAGAUGGGCUGGUCCGGAUGAGGACAGGUCCCGAGGCAGAACCAUCCCCUAAAGCGCUCCCAGAGCCAUGGAACUGUGCGAGAUAAUCAACAUUUGUCGUUUUAAGAGACUAGAUUUGGGGGUCAUUUCCUAUGCAGCAGCAGGUAACUAAGACAAGAGACUAGAAAAUUUUCAGCAGAAGCGUAACGAAGAGACUCACACUUCAGAUGGGAAAACGUCAUGAUUACAGAACAGUAGUCCAUCAGAACAGGUGGUUCUAGCCCCAGAAUAUGGUCGCUCGGAUCAGUAGACCAGAACAGAGAACGCUGAGACACUUCACACAGAACACGUCGCCCUUGAGAUAAAGGCGUCGCAGUAAAUCCGAGGGGGGAGGGAAUUGUCAGUAAUAGUGCCGACAGCGCUGGUAACUAUUGUGGGGAAAGAAGUAUGACCCAAAUAAACCCCAAGUGGAAUAAGA